UGCUGCCAGAUGCUUUAUAUAUAGGUCAUAGGCAUAGAGCUAUAGGCCACUUCCUUCACAAGAUUCUGUAAAGCUCAUCAGAGUACCCCAGCGUCCUGUUUGCAGGGCGGGGGUGCGAGCGAAGAUCAGGACAGGAGACCCAGUUUUGUGGACCAGGACUGGGCAUCAUGCAGCCAUGCAGCUUGUCGUAGCGUCAACUCACAAUUCUGACUGGCCAAAGCUACUGGUAUUCUCUCUUGGUUACCUAGCUCUCACAUAAAAGCAGAAACAUUUUGUAUAAGGAGUCAUCAUUCAGAUUAGUCUUUGAAUCAAAGACGGAACAGACUUCAAAAUGCCUCCUAAGAAACUAGCAGCGAAUAAGUCGGCAUCAACUAAGCCAGCAACAAAAAAAGCAGCAGCAAGUAAGCAACCUUCAAAUAAACCGGCAACUAAAACAACUGCAACUAAAACAAAUGCGACUAUAAAGGACCCAGCGACAGCUAAAAAAGAGGAGGCAGUCAAGGAGCCCGUCGAUCUUGGAGUGACAAUCAAACUAGGCGAGCUCACCAAUGAACUUCUGGGUGAGGAAGCCAGCUACAAAAAAUCUGGAAGAUGGCCCCUGGUGUUGGACCCAACAGGCAACUCGGCCACCUUCCUGAAGUAUCGCAACACCAACAUGCUGAAUGCCAAGACCCCAAACGACCUUGUGUCAAACACCAUACGGCUGGCUGUGUUAGGAGGCCUAAGAUAUGGCAAGCCUGUGGUUCUGGAUAUGGAAGAUGCAGACAUGUUUGACGUCUGCGUGACGAAAUUUGAUGAAGUUCAGAAGGAACUUAUGGACGACAUCCUCUCCAAGGAAAUCACAAAGAAUGAAAAGUAUCUGUCACUGGUCAAGGACACGGAUGGCCCAGAGUACAGCCCAGAUCGUUUCUUGUCUGAAGUUGACAAGUUUGUGUUUGUGAUUAUCACCAAGAUAGCUCCCCCAGCUUCGCUGCGGAAAAGGACAUUCGUGGUUGAGAUAGAGUAACACAGAAAGCUGGCAAGAAAAAAGCGCACGGGAAAAAUGGACUUCUCUUCUCUUUAAACCAGGUUUUUAAUGAUAAAGACGCGCUUGGUUAUUUUAUCAAGACUGGUCAAAUGGAACUGGUGUAUGGGAUGUGGGGACAUUUCCAAGAGAAAGUGUCUCAAGAUUUUAAUUUUGACUACAAGAAUUGUAGCAAAGAUAUGUCAUAUCUCUUUUGAAUGCACAAACUAAGUCCACCGUGUUAAUGUAAUUGUCUUUCAUUGUAAUGCAUUAAUUACUUUUUAAAUUUAAUGGUGUGGUAUUCAAAUAAAGGACAAACCCAGUGGUAUUUUUAGGGGGCCACAUGUUUUUUUUUGUUUUUUUUUGAUAAUUGAAUUGUAAUUGUAUUUUAAAUUUAAUGCUGUAGUAUUCACAAUCAAGGAGAAA